UUACUUUGAAACGCCGCGAUAAAUAUCCUAAUCACAUCCAACUUUGAUUUGCUAAUUAAUAAAUUAAAGACAAUACAAAAGCAGAUUUCGUUCUAGAGAAGUUGGACAAUCGUUUGAAACUGUCACAUAGGUUUGGCAGCUUAAAAAAGCAGCGUGUCAUAGAAGCUUCGAGCAAUGAGCAAUAACGUUGCAAAAAAGAAAGGAAAGGCUCCCGGGGACAGGAAAUCGUCUAAGAAAAAGGUGAAGAGAAGGGAGACCUAUUCGGUGUACAUCUACAAAGUCCUGAAGCAGGUUCACCCGGAUACCGGCAUCUCCAGCCGGGCCAUGAGCAUCAUGAACUCCUUCGUCAACGACGUGUUCGAGCGGAUCGCCACCGAGGCGUCGCGCCUCACUCAGUACAACAAGCGCUCCACCAUCACCAGCCGGGAGGUGCAGACCGCCGUGCGCCUGCUGUUGCCGGGGGAGCUGGCCAAGCACGCCGUCUCCGAGGGGACCAAGGCCGUGACCAAAUACACCAGCUCCAAGUGAAACGCCGGCAUCCGGCAUACUUUCGCACUUGUUUGACUUUGGCUCUUGAAAUAAAAACAUUCUCAAAACCCUCAA